UUAAGAUCUCAACCCCACGACAACGCUUUCGCCUUUCACGACCACCACGAUCAACCGCAACCAUGGCGCCCAGCUACGAUAACCUCCAGGACGAAGAGCUCAUCGAUGAAGAUGAUAUCGAUUUCACAGACCUGCGAGAGCAAUAUGAAGUGCGACUGGAGGAAGGGCUCGAUACAUUCGUCGUCGUGGAUGGCCUGCCAAAGGUCCCGGCAGACAGCCGAGUAAAGCUCACGAAGUUCCUGUUAAGGAAAUUGAAUGCGGUGGGUACCGCGACGGAAGAAGGCACCUUCAUGCCGCUGGACGAUUCCAAUACUACACUGGGAUUUGCCUUCGUCGAGUUCUCCUCACCCAAAGAAGCAGUCGCGGCGAUUAAGGCUUUCAACGGCACCCCAUUAGACAAGAAACAUACCAUCGCCAUCAACAAGCUCACCGACAUCGAUCGAUAUGGCAGGGAAGGUCGCGUUGAGGAAGAAUAUGUCCCACCAACAAUCGAAGACUUCCAGGAGAGAGAGCACCUCCGAUGGUGGCUCAGCGAUCCGGAUGCGCGGGAUCAGUUCGUCAUGUUCCGGGGAGACAACGUCGGCGUUUUCUGGAACGAGAAGGAUGACCCACCGGAGGUGAUCGUAGACCGACCCAACUGGACCGAGAUGUUCGUGCAAUGGUCGCCGCUAGGAACAUACCUCACCUCAAUACAUCAACAGGGUGUACAGAUUUGGGCCGGCAAAUCAUGGACUCGGCAGAGACGGUUCGCACAUCCGUUCGUCAACCUGAUCGAUUUCUCUCCCAAUGAAAAUUACCUGGUCACUUGGUCGCAUCGUCCGAUCGCCGUCGAUGAGAACAAUCCCGGUCCGAUGUCUAUGGAGGAAGACGGAAAGAACUAUAUCAUCUGGGACGUCGAGACCGGCAAGCCUCUACGAUCGUUUGUUACUCUGGAUAUCCCGGGACCCCCCGAUGAGAAUGGCGAGCCGACCAAGAAGAAGCUUCAGUGGCCAGCUUUCAAAUGGUCCGCAGACGACAAAUACGUGGCACGCAUGACCUUCGGUCAGUCAAUAUCAGUGUACGAGACCCCACGGAUGAACAUGCUUGAUAAAGCGUCCAUCAAGAUCGAAGGCGUACAAGACUUCGAGUGGGCUCCAGCAACGGCAAAACGCGAGAGCAUCAAAACGUAUGAGCAGCUGCUCUGCUAUUGGACCCCGGAACUUGGAAGCAAUCCUGCAAAGGUCGGCUUGAUGACCCUUCCAUCCAAAGAAAUUGUCCGAACGAGGAACCUUUUCAAUGUCUCAGAUGCCAAGCUCCACUGGCAAUCACAAGGACAGUAUCUUUGCGUCAAGGUUGACCGACAUUCGAAGUCAAAGAAGUCGCUCGCCACAAACCUCGAGAUCUUCCGUAUCCAGGAGAAGGGCGUCCCGGUCGAAGUUGUCGAUUCUCUCAAAGACACCGUCAUUAACUUCGCUUGGGAGCCGAAGGGCGACCGGUUCGUUCUCAUCACUGCUGGCGAGAUCCCUCAAUCAGCCGCCGUUCCACCCAAGACAUCCGUUGUUUUCUUCUGCCCCGAGAAGGCCAAGGGCAAUGCCGUUGGCAACUUCAAACAUAUCCGCACCAUCGAAAAGAAGAACAGCAACGCCAUCUACUGGUCGCCGAGGGGACGAUUCGUCGUCAUUGCCACCGUACACUCGCAGCAAAGCUUCGAGCUCGACUUCUGGGAUAUGGACUUCGAGGGCGAGAAAGACGAGAAAGAUAAGGAUCUCACGGCUAACUUGCAGCUGAUGAACACGGCGGAGCACUACGGCAUCACAGACGCAGAAUGGGACCCGACCGGUCGCUUCGUCGCAACAUCCGCGAGUAUCUGGAAGCAUACCGCUGAAAAUGGAUACCACCUCUACGACUUCAAAGGCACCGCCCUCCGCGAAGAACCCCUCGAGCGCUUCAAGCAAUUCGCCUGGCGCCCCCGCCCCCCGACCCUCCUCACCAAGGAAGAGCAGAAGCACAUCCGCCGCAACCUCCGCGAAUACUCGAAGAUCUUUGACCCGCAGGAUCUGCUCCGGAAGAACAAGGCGUCGCGUGCGAUCAUCGAGCAGCGGCGGCGUCUGUUGGACGAGUGGCUGGCGUGGCGCGAGCAGGUGGAGGAGGAGCUGCACGAUGAGGUCGCGGCGGGUUUGCCGGACAUUGCGGAGGUGGUGGACGAUGGGAAGAAUGAGGUGAUUGAGGAGAUUGUGGAGGAGAUUAUUGAUGAGACGGAGGAGAUCAUCGCGUGAGGGUGAGGGAUACUGUCUUCGCGAUAAAACGGGCGGAUAGUGAGUUGUAACGUUGUUUCAUUCGGCCUAGCCGUCAUAGUCAUGGAGCAAGG